AUGGGAGAGGGUGGGGUUAAGAGCACCCUGACCAAACACGAUGCUUUCCCCCUAUUCAGGCCCCUGCCACCCAGCCCCACACCCCCCAGCAUAUGCAAACCAGGGCCACCAACGGUCCGUGUGUUUCAUGUCGAGCCCUGUCAGGUAUGCCUUCUUUGGGGAGAUCUGUGGGGUCCUGUGAGCAACAUCCCAUAUUUUCAAUGUGUUUGCCGCCGGGACUGUCUGAUGUUGUCUAUCCAGGUGUAUCUGUUUGGUGUUCCACAUCAAUGCGUGAAGGGGGUAUCCUAUGCUAUCUUUAUCCAGCGCUAUCCAGAGUUUUUGUUUUGGGUGGGAAUGCCAUUCUAGUGCCCUUUGGAGGACCGCUACCUGAUGGUAUCUGCGGAAGUCCGGGAGAGCUAACCCACCACGUUGUCUCGGGAGGCACAUGAGAUCGUGUCUGAUACGUGGUGUUUUGUUGUGCCAUAGGUAUCGUAUGAUCAUCGAACAUAGGGAUGCAAAAUAUGACAUAGGUAGUGCCAGUGGGAUCAUCUGAAAUAGAUACAGGAGCCGUGGUAGAAUGUUCAUUUUGAAGACCGCUAUGCGGCAGAGCCAAGAGAUGUGUGGGUAACUCCACUUCAUGAGAUCUUGUUUUAUUUUGUGUAGAGGUUGUAGGAAAUUCUUCUGGUAGAGGUCCAGGUGGUCAGCCGUUAUAAAAAUUCCUAGGUAUUGCAUGUGUGAGGGGCACCAAUGGAAGGGAAGCCGGGGUUUUCAGUCUCUGUGGUGGACAGGGAGACGCCAAUUACCUUGCAUUUGGAGAGGUUAAGCCAAUGAUCCAUACGUGUCUAUCAGUUUAAGUAAGUUCAGCGAGGUUGAGCUCGGGUUGGUGACGAAAAACAUCAGGUCAUCAGCAUAUGCCGCCACUUUGUGAGUCUUGCCAUGCCAAUGGAAGCCCUCAAUAUUUCCGUUGCGUCUCACUACCUCCAGUAGAGGCUCCAGAGAUAAUGCGAAUAGGAGCUGCUUAAGUGGGCAGCCCUGACGGGUGCCAUUAAAUAUUGCAAAGCUAUCCAUCAAGGCUCCAUUUGUCAGGAUUACAGUUGAUCCAGCACGCAGAAUAGUAUCACACCUAGGACAAAGGAUAACAUCUAACUGGACCUUAGAAUGGCCGGACUUAACGUACCAGAGAAUAGUUAAAAUACUAGCCGAGGUCAGGGACACAGAACGAGACACAGCGAUAAGGAAAAGUCAAUAGUCAAGGAUACCAGAAGUCAGGGAAGUCAAAGUAAAAAACCAGAAACAUGCGAUCAGGAACACACUCUCGGAUAACGAUCUAAGGAAACCACGACAGGGCAAUGAGCUUAAGGAAUAAGUGAGUUUAAAUAACCCUCUUGCAGAUCUGAUUGGCCGUACCUAGCCUUUGACCCCAAAACGUUUGUGUAUUUCUUUUGCGUGACGUCACCGUAACAUUAACAUUGUCUUUUCCAUGGAUGGAUAUGGGGCUAUAUAAUAUAUAUAUGGGCCUGCAGCAUCCGGUGUCCACCAACAUGUCGUAAAAGCCAUGCAUCGUGGCAGAGGACCGCCGAGUGGCAUUCCCCUUAAUCUUAGAAAGAUAAUUAUCUCCGUGUUUGUCACAUGGAGACGAAGGAUACGUGACACGAUUGACCCAUACUCGCACAUUCAGUGAGUCAUACAAGGCACCUAACCAGUCUAUCCACUUGGCCCCAAAGCCGUAGUGCAUGCAUGAGGAAGUGCCAGUCCACCCGGUCAAACUCUUUCUCCACAUCUGUGGAGAGGAGAAGCAAGGGCACCCCGGUUCUGCACGCGAGGUGUUGGAUGGAGAGCACCCGCAGCAUGCUGCCUCGCACCUCCCUGUCCGGGAUAAACCUCAUUUGAUCCAUGUGAACUAGGUCAGGGAGCCUUGAGCCCAGCCAAACCGUGAGAACCUUUGCUAGGAGUUUGAUGUUGACAUGGAGUAGCGAAAUUGGCUUAUAACUUCCACAGGAUUCCGGGUCCUUUCCUGGUUUGGGCAACAUGGUAAUGGUAGCCAAGAGGGACUCCCUGUGAAACCGGCACCCAGAGAUUAAUUUAUUAAGAGCCUUAGUGAGUUUUGUAGUAAUCCAGUGUCAAACCAUCUGGUCCUGGAACGCAACCUUUCUUAGAGGCCUUGAUUUCCCUUUGAAGUUUGUCUUCUGUUAUCAGGGAUUUGAGCACAGCGACAUCGUCUGCAUGGAGUGCGGAAGUGACAACACUUGCCAGGAAGCGUUCCCGACCCUCUUCCGUUCCCAACCACCAUCAGAGUCGUACCCUUCUGGUCAGGUUGUUAUAGAGGGAGCAAUAAAAGGUGCGAAAUACCGCCGCAAUUUCCUCUGGGAUUUGAGUAGCCUGACGUGA